UGGAUCAAGUUCUAGCAUCGUGGACACAGGGCCUUUAAACAUUGGCCCAAUGCUUGGUUGUGUUGGGCCAACGUUCAGCCAGUGCACUGUGCUACUAGGGUGCUGUAUGGGUUCUAGCUUAGCUUUUAUGAAGAAACAAGUUAAUCCCCUGUCAAAUGUAUCUCAGUCUUAUCUGUAUGCGCAUCUUGCAGCCAAGGGUACUCGCUAUGUAACCUGCGGCUCCGUAUUGAAGCUAAUGAACGUGGACUACAACGUGAGGCUGCACUCCCACGAGGUGAAAUACGGCAGCGGCAGCGGGCAGCAGUCGGUGACUGGGACCAACGCCAAGGAGGACGGUAAUUCCUACUGGCUGAUCAAAGCGGAGUCGGGGAAGCAGUGCACGCGGGGGAAGCCGAUCAAGUGCGGGGACACCAUCCGAUUGGAGCACGUCGCGACGAAGAAGAAUCUCCAUUCGCACCUCGUCAGCUCGCCCCUGACCGGGAAACAGGAGGUGUCCGCCUACGGGGAUCACAAGGGCGAAGGCGAUACCGGUGAUAACUGGAUGCUGCUGUGCCAGACUGAUUUUUGGGAGAGAGAAGACACGAUUAUGCUGAAGCAUAUCGACACCGACAAGUACCUGGCAGUCACUGGCAGAACUUACGGCACUCCGAUCAGCGGCCAGACCGAAGUGGUAGGCGAAUACUCCCCGAGCAGCCCUCACACGCAGUGGUCGGUAAUGGAAGGACUGUUUAUUCAUCCUAGCGACUUUAAAGCGCACCAUAACGAGCAUACAGAAUUAUAGGCGAUUUUUUUAUAACGGGAACUUUAGUCUACGGUUCAUGUAUAUAUACGCGUCGCAGAGAAUGCGUGAACAAGUUAAGAGAGGGUGCGUAGUUUUAUUACCAAGAGAGGCAUUCAUUAAUUAAAUUAUCGUUGAGUAUCGAUGUUCUUUUCUCAAGGUUUACCUGCCGUGAAGCUGCGCUUGCAAAACUUUCGGUAUAACAUCGAUGUCACGGGCGCGUUUUGUUCGAGAAAAAGUUAUUAAAUUUGGUUCAAAGUUCGCGGGCAAAUUGUAUUGAAUUAAAAUAUUCUCAGUCUCGUUAUCUUGCAUCGUUAUUGUAAACUUUUAAUACUUUGGUGGUAACCCAUGUGAUUUAAUUUAUUUAAUUAGCAAGUAAUUAAAUAAACUAAAAUCAGCUUACUAUUCAGGAGGAUAUCUGUAUCACUGUCCACAUUAUAUUCAACAAACGCAAUUGAUUUACACGAAGCGUUUGUCUAAAACUAUACACUUGGCAUCGACGUGCAUUAGUUUCCGACUCGGGCUUCAUAUUAAGAAAUACAAAAAUGAAUUGACGCAUGAUUCAGCAAGUGAUGUACGAUGCGUCCCGUGUCAUGCAUCAUUUAUCCUUGUUAUUCGCCAAACGUUAAAUAAAUGAUGCAUUUUUCCCUUGAUUUAUCCCAUUUAUGAAUGCACAGUCGGAUUCAGAAUUUCAGAUUUAGUUUUACCUGACGGCGAUCUCUUUCCGAAUGAAAAAUUUAUCUAAAGUCUACUUUAAUUCUCAGAUAAGGCAAAAUCAGAAAUUCUGGAUAAUAACACGUUACAUCUCUCGUACAUCUCGUCUACGUCCGAAUCAGAAAAGCGGGUAAGUGUGGCAGAGAUAAAAAGCAAAUUUGUCUCUAUCGCGUUGCAAGAAGUCACAAGCUCCGGAAAGAAGUGUAAUCCGUUCAGAAAUUAUAUCUACCUACGAAUCAAUAUCCUAGAAUACUUAGUAAUCGUAAAGUGCGCUUGUAUCUGUGUUCCCCAUCACGUAUGAAUGCGUAAAUAUGUUGUACAUAUGACUGUAUUUAUUGCUACGUAAGUACAUAAUAAAGAAGUACGCGUGUUCGAUUUAA